AUGGAGAACAGAAGAUAGCCUGGCUCGCUCUGCAUUUCGCUGCUCUCUGUCACUUUCGCUUUUUUGGACCCAAAUUAUGAACUCCCCCCGCGUGUAUUUCAACCUACCGGACUCGGUCACGUACGUUUGACGUACAUUUAAAUAUCGUUUGACUGUGAAUCGUUCCUCGCCUACUUCAUGUUAUAGUUCCAAGAACACUGGCGUAGACUGUUCCAACAGCUACGGUGUAACACUUCGUAAACUACUGGUUUCCUUUUUAAAAAAACGCCGCAACAUCCUCUCUGCUCUCGAUAUCCGGAGGACCGUUUGAACACUAAGAUAGUUUCUGUGAAAACAAUUCCCAAGUUGCGCGGAGCGGCGGGGUAAUUGGGUGAAAGGUGACAGCGCCGUAGCCUGUGGACUCGGAGGUAAGUCGCGUGCAGCGCACGGACGUCAUAACGUCAGAUAGAAGUGGACAAUGAUGCGUUGUGUGGCCGGGCCUGGUGUCUGUUCGCGUGUAGCUGCUGACAUGCACGCCGGGUGAUGUGUGGUAACUUUAUCUGUCCAGGCCCCAACUGUUUUAGCUGUUAUCUAACAGUUGGUGUGUAACGUCAGGCUACUUGUGCGCACGAGCCUGCGCUCCAUACAGUACCCGUGGAGGCCAGAGGAUCCAGCUCAUGCCAGUUCGGCCCUGAAAGCACAUCUCUCUCCAUUUCCUCCAUGACAAGAAUGCACAAUGCGGCGAGUGUCUCCGCCUCUCUGGGGUCCAUGGGACUGUUGCGUCUCUUCGGAGUGUCGUGGUCCUGGAGUCUGGCAGCAGGCCUUGGGGUUUAUGUGGGCACAACAAGCUGGAAAUACUUCUACAUUGCAGCACGCACAGCCAAGAGGGACAUCAAUGGCCUCUAUGUGCUCUUGAGAGUGAAGAUGGCUUUGUGGCGCUACAUGCGCAGUGAAAGUAACAUUCCUGCCAUAUUCGCCCAGACAGUGAAAAGACAUCCAAAUAAACCAGCACUCAUCUAUGAGGCCACGGGGGAAACAUGGACGUUCACCCAGCUGGACGAGCUGUCUAACGCGGUGGCCCACUGGGCCAGAGGUCAGGGGUGGGUCUCGGGCGACGUGGUGGCCCUCUUCAUGGAAAGCAGGCCGUUACAGGUGGCGCUUUGGCUCGGCUUGGCCAAGGUUGGGGUGGAAGCUGCACUCAUCAACUUCAACCUCCGCCAUGAUUCCCUCAUGCACUGCAUCGGGGCGUCAGGCUCUCGCGCUAUUGUGUUCGGGGCGGAGCUUGCUGAAGCCAUGUUGGAAAUCAGCUCCUCCAACAGCCAGGCCAUGCUUCGGUUUAGUACGGGGGAGCUCAGUGCAGAACAUCUGGCCCGACUGGAUGCUCAACCUCUGGACCCAGUGUUGGCGUCUUCACCUAGACAUCCCCCUUCCCCUUGUGUUCCCCACAAGGGCAUGAACGACCGCCUAUUUUAUAUUUACACCUCCGGCACCACAGGACUGCCCAAAGCUGCCAUUGUGGUGCACAGUCGCUACUACAGAAUUGCUGCGUUUGGGUAUUUUGCCUUUCGCAUGAGACCUGUUGACAUCAUCUAUGACUGCCUGCCUCUCUACCACUCAGCAGGUAAUAUUAUGGGCGUCGGUCAGUGUCUGCUCUUUGGCCUCACGGUGGUAGUGAAGAAGAAAUUCUCUGCCAGCCGCUUCUGGGAAGAUUGCAUUAAGUACAACUGCACUAUAGUGCAGUACAUCGGGGAAAUCUGCCGCUACUUACUAUCUCAGCCGGUGCAACCGUCAGAAAAAGGCCACAAGGUUCGGCUGGCGGUGGGAAACGGGUUGCGUCCCAGUGUGUGGGAGGCCUUCACGGAGCGCUUUCGGGUGAAGCAGAUUGGCGAGUUCUACGGAGCAACCGAGUGCAACUGCAGCAUUGCCAACAUGGAUGGCAAGGUGGGAGCCUGUGGAUUCAACAGUCGCAUUCUCCCCAACGUGUACCCAAUCCGUCUGGUGAGAGUGGACGAGGACAGCAUGGAGCUGGUUCGUGACAGCCGGGGGCUCUGUGUGUCUUGCCGCCCUGGGGAGCCAGGACUGCUGGUGGGUCGUAUCAACCAAAAGGACCCAUUACGGCGUUUCGAUGGCUACGCUAACCAGGAUGCCACGAGGAAGAAGAUAGCUCACAAUGUCUUCAAGAAAAAUGAUUCUGCGUAUCUAUCAGGAGACGUGUUGGUGAUGGAUGACAUGGGCUACAUGUACUUCCGUGACCGCAGUGGAGACACGUUCCGCUGGCGAGGAGAGAAUGUCUCGACCACCGAGGUGGAAGGUAUACUCAGCAGUCUUCUGGGUCAGACUGAUGUCGCCGUGUAUGGCGUGGCAGUGCCAGGUGUGGAAGGUAAGGCCGGCAUGGCUGCCAUUGCAGACACCACAGGGAGUUUUGACUGCAUCAGUUUCUUGCAGAAAGUCCAGCAAGCUCUUCCUUCGUAUGCGCGGCCGGUAUUCCUGCGAAUCUCCCCACAUGUGGACACCACAGGUACAUUUAAAAUCCAGAAAACCAGGCUGCAGAGGGAGGAAUACGACCCACGUCUCACCACUGACCAGAUCUACUUUCUGAACAGCAGAGCUGCGCGUUAUGAGGCAGUAGAUGAGGAGCUAUACAAUGCUAUAGCGGAGGGCAGAAUGUCUCUAUGACAUGGAGGCCGGAGCGAGGCAGUCAUGGGGUCUUAGUUGAGGAGAUGCUCUAGAGAGAGGAUAACCUAUGUAAUUGCUGGUGUCAGGAUCAUGCAGUGUUGGUUCAUCACUUGCCUGGAUUUAACCUUCCAGAGAACAAAGGUAGAGGACUACUUGCAUAGAAUUACAUGGGAAAUUGUUACAGAUGUGGUUUUAACACUCAGUAACACACCAGGACAUAAUAUGAAGGCAUUUAUUCCCUUUAAUAACUUUUUAUUAUUAAAUGAACACCUCAAGAAUACAUUCAACAUCACUGCACAUCGAGUGGGCAUCUCCCACAACAACCCAAUUGAAGUAGGAUACAUGUUACAACAUUGAGCUUAGGACAGAAAGGCGUCGCAUCAAGUGAAACUCUGUUACAGGGUAUAUUCUCAUUUAUGAAAGUCUUUGUAAAUUUAGGCAAUACUUGAGUGUGACGCUAUGGAGUUACUGAUGUGUGGUUGGAUGAGGCUGAAAGACCAGACUCCAGCAUGCAGUACUAGAUAAAACACUAAUAGUCUCUCUUGUGAUACAAUGAUAAAUUAAUCUCACUUUUCAUGUUUGAAACUCUGUACAACACUGGCACACUUUAGCAAACACACAAAAUUUGUUUCUGUUUGUGCCUUAUAUGAAACGGCAGAUAUGUUUCAUUUUGUUAUGCUUCUCAUGGAGAGGAGCUCAAAAGAUUGAAAUCACUGUAGUGAUUGUGUGUCAUGUAAAGCCGAGUCACCCGAGGUGACUCAUGUUAUGUAACAAAAUCUUAUCAGUGUAGUAAUAUAUUGGUGUUACAUCGAUUUUCAAUUUCAGAUCUCACAGACUACUAUUUUUUUGGUUGUAACUCAAAUUAAAUAUUUAAAAACA